AUGAAUUCUCUGUCUCACAGUGACAUGGAGUCUCUGUCUCAGAGUGGCAUGAAGUCUCUGUCUCACAGUGACAUGAAGUCUCUGUCUCAGAGUGGCAUGAAGUCACUGUCUCAGAGUGACAUGAAGUCUAUGUCUCAGAGUGGCAUGAAGUCUCUGUCUCAGAGUGACAUGAAGUCUCUGUCUCACAGUGGCAUGAAGUCUCUGUCUCACAGUGACAUGAAGUCUCUGUCUCACAGUGGCAUGAAGUCUCUGUCUCAGAGUGACAUGGAGUCUCUGUCUCACAGUGACAUGAAGUCUCUGUCUCAGAGUGACAUGAAGUCUCUGUCUCACAGUGGCAUGAAGUCUCUGUCUCAGAGUGACAUGGAGUCUCUGUCUCACAGUGACAUGAAGUCUCUGUCUCAGAGUGACAUGGAGUCUCUGUCUCACAGUGACAUGAAGUCUCUGUCUCAGAGUGACAUGAAAUCUCUGUCUCACAGUGGCAUGAAGUCUCUGUCUCAGAGUGACAUGGAGUCUCUGUCUCACAGUGGCAUGAAGUCUCUGUCUCACAGUGACAUGAAGUCUCUGCCUCAGAGUGACAUGAAGUCUCUGUCUCACAGUGGCAUGAAGUCUCUGCCUCAGAGUGACAUGAAGUCUCUGUCUCACAGUGACAUGAAGUCUCUGUCUCAGAGUGACAUGGAGUCUCUGUCUCACAGUGACAUGAAGUCUCUGUCUCAGAGUGACAUGAAAUCUCUGUCUCACAGUGGCAUGAAGUCUCUGUCUCAGAGUGACAUGAAAUCUCUGUCUCACAGUGGCAUGAAGUCUCUGUCUCAGAGUGACAUGGAGUCUCUGUCUCACAGUGGCAUGAAGUCUCUGUCUCACAGUGACAUGAAGUCUCUGUCUCACAGUGGCAUGAAGUCUCUGUCUCAGAGUGACAUGAAGUCUCUGUCUCAGAGUGGCAUGAAGUCUCUGUCUCACAGUGGCAUGAAGUCUCUGUCUCAGAGUGGCAUGAAGUCUCUGUCUCAGAGUGGCAUGAAGUCUCUGUCUCACAGUGGCAUGAAGUCUCUGUCUCACAGUGACAUGAAGUCUCUGUCUCAGAGUGGCAUGAAGUCUCUGUCUCACAGUGGCAUGAAGUCUCUGUCUCAGAGUGGCAUGAAGUCUCUGUCUCACAGUGGCAUGAAGUCUCUGUCUCACAGUGACAUGAAGUCUCUGUCUCACAGUGGCAUGAAGUCUCUGUCUCAGAGUGACAUGGAGUCUCUGUCUCACAGUGACAUGAAGUCUCUGUCUCAGAGUGACAUGAAGUCUCUGUCUCACAGUGGCAUGAAGUCUCUGUCUCAGAGUGACAUGGAGUCUCUGUCUCACAGUGACAUGAAGUCUCUGUCUCAGAGUGACAUGGAGUCUCUGUCUCACAGUGACAUGAAGUCUCUGUCUCAGAGUGACAUGAAAUCUCUGUCUCACAGUGGCAUGAAGUCUCUGUCUCAGAGUGACAUGGAGUCUCUGUCUCACAGUGGCAUGAAGUCUCUGUCUCACAGUGACAUGAAGUCUCUGUCUCACAGUGGCAUGAAGUCUCUGUCUCAGAGUGACAUGAAGUCUCUGUCUCAGAGUGGCAUGAAGUCUCUGUCUCACAGUGGCAUGAAGUCUCUGUCUCAGAGUGGCAUGAAGUCUCUGUCUCAGAGUGGCAUGAAGUCUCUGUCUCACAGUGGCAUGAAGUCUCUGUCUCACAGUGGCAUGAAGUCUCUGUCUCACAGUGACAUGAAGUCUCUGUCUCAGAGUGGCAUGAAGUCUCUGUCUCACAGUGGCAUGAAGUCUCUGUCUCAGAGUGGCAUGAAGUCUCUGUCUCACAGUGGCUUGAAGUCUCUGUCUCACAGAGGCAUGAAGUCUCUGUCUCACAGUGGCAUGAAGUCUCUGUCUCAGAGUGGCAUGAAGUCUCUGUCUCACAGUGGCAUGAAGUCUCUGUCUCAAAGUGGCAUGAAGUCUCUGUCUCAGAGUGGCAUGGAGUCUCUGUCUCACAGUGGCAUGAAGUCUCUGUCUCUGAGUGGCAUGAAAUUUCGGUUUCAAAGUCUGCAUUUAUUCUUAGGUGCCAAUGUCUAA